AUGCGUUCGCGCGAAUAUCGCUUUGUUUACGUGGUCGAUGCCUAUGGCACAACAUGUGCUCCAUUUUUAGCGAAUCGAGUUGUGAAACAAUUAGCCAGGGAUGAGGGUGAUAAUUUUCCUUUAGCUAGAUCGAUUGUUGAAAAUGAUAUUUACGUCGAUAAUGCUUUAUUUGGUGCUGACGAGGAGGAAGAGGCAAAGGAAACUCAAAAACAAGUUGUCGAUUUAAUGAAAUGUGGCGGUUUUCAUUUACAUAAAUGGGCAUCCAAUCAAGUUUCUUUAUUGGAAAAUUGUCCUGAAGGAAAUAAUGAAAGAGCCAUAGAAAUUCCUUUUGAUAAGGAUUUACAACUUAAAGUUCUUGGUUUAAAUUGGGAUCCGGUUUCUGAUGUUUUCCAGUUUAAGGUAUCUUGUGAGGAAAUUCUUAAUCCUACGAAAAGAAAAGUUUUGUCCCUCAUAGCAAAACUUUAUGACCCCUUUGGUUGGUUGGCUCCGGUGAUUGUUGUGGCGAAAAUGCUUAUUCAGGAGUUAUGGACAGGUCAAACUAAAUCCACUAAGAAUCUUGAAUUGCAUGGAUUUUCUGAUGCUUCCAGUCGAGCUUACGGGGCUUGUGUUUAUUUGUGUCUUGAGGAUGACCUUGGAAUGGAGAGAAUUACUCUUCUUUUUGCCAAAUCAAAAGUUGCUCCUCUAAAUCCUGUUAGUAUCCCGCGAUUAGAACUGUGUGGAGCCGUCCUGCUGGCAAAAAUUCUUAGUUUCGUGAUAACUCUAAAAAAUUUGGAAAACUUACCUGUUUUUUGUCAUACGGAUUCGACAGUGGUAUUGGCAUGGUUGAGUAAACAUCCAUCUACUUGGCGCACUUUUGUUGCGAAUCGUGUAGCACAAAUACACGAAUUACUUCCGGAUGCUAAAUGGCAAUACGUUCCUACGAGGGAAAAUUCUGCGGAUUGUAUUUCACGCGGAAUUUCUCCUUCUGAAAUUUUGAAUCAUUCUCUUUGGUGGAAGGGCCCUCCGUGGCUUCCUGAUAAAUCUAACAAAAGUCCACAAGAAUGUCCCUUGAUUCCAUCAGAAGUUAAUUUGGAACAAAAACCAAUUAAUAUUCAUGUUUCUAUUCGCGAUGAUUGUCUUUCGGAACUGUCUAAAAAAAUUUCCUCAUGGCCCAAGUUAUUGAGAGUAACUGCUUAUUGUAAGCGCUUUCUUUCUAAUUUUAUUACGAAAUUUUCGAAAAACAAAACUGAAACUCCAACUAAAUCAGGGCCUCUUGAUGUUGAGGAAAUAUAUCAAUCCAGAGAAUUUUGGAUAAAGUGGCUUCAGAGAAUUUUGAGAAUAAGUGGGCGAUUAAAAAAUGCUCCUAUUAGUUUCGAUGAAAAACACCCGAUAAUUUUACCUCGUCACCAAAUUAGUUAUCUGAGUGCUUCUCAUGCUCAUCUCAGAUCUUUACAUGGAGGUUUACAAUUAACCUUACACGUUCUAAGACAGAAUUUUUGGAUCAUUGGAGCUAGAUCUUUGGUGAAAGGAAUAAUUAAAGCUUGUGUUAAAUGUGUAAGAGAAAGGGCUGAGAUACCUCAACAACUCAUAAGAAAUUUACCCGAUUUUAGAGUUACUCCCUCUCGACCAUUUACACACACUGGCAUCGAUUAUGCCGGUCCCUUUGAUAUUCGUUUCGCAUUGGGAAGGGGAAUCAAGAGUCAGAAAACCUACAUAGUUCUCUUUAUUUGUUGUUCUACCCGUUCAGUUCAUAUUGAACUCGUUCCUGAUUAUUCGACCGAUGCAUUUUUAGCAGCUUUCCAUCGUUUUGUGUCACGUAGGAGAAAGCCUGCUCAUUUGGACAGUGACAAUGCUAAGAACUUUGUUGGGGCAGAUAACGUCCUGAAAAAAUCUUUAAUUAAAAUUCGAAAAGAUAAUGAUUUUUGCGAGAGGCUCAACAAUGAAGGGAUUUCUUGGAUCAUGUCUCAGCGAAGAAAGUGCAAGUUUAAUUCAGAUUUGCGAAUCAAAUACCCGGGAUUUACAAAAACUGAUGACAGUAGUAUUGCACACUGUUUAACAUGCAAUAUUGAUAUUAAUAUUUCAAACAAAGGAGCUAGUGAUAUCGAAGCUCACAUUGCCAGAAAUAAACAUAAAAGGAAUUUACAAAAUCAAUGUAAAGUUGUUCAAUUGGACAAUUUCGUCAAAAUCGGUAUUUCAAAGUGUGAAAACUCUGCCCGAGCAGGAGAAGCAACACUUGCUUUUCACACAGUUCAUCAUCAUCAGUCUUUUAAAUCUACCGAUUGUACAACCAAUCUUCACAAACUAAUUUACAAGGAUUCCGAAAUUGCUCAGCAAAUGUCUAAUGCUAGAACAAAAACACAGGCUAUUGCCCAGAUUCUCAGAAAUGCUGCAGAAAAUGGACUUGAAAGAGAAGCACAAACCGGUAAAGACGAUAUUUAUCACAUGUAUAGUGCUUGCUUGGAACAUUUAGAGCCAUGGAUAGCACCUUUCGAAGAGCUGAAAUGCUUUAAUUAG